UAAGCAAAUUGACCCACUAGCGAAGUUCAGCCCCGCAAUAGAGCAGCUUUUCUUUCCAUCGAGAUCGUUAGACCAAUUGAUAAUAAAAUAAACUACCACCAUCAUGGUUCUUCACAACCCCAACAACUGGCACUGGGUGAACAAGGAUGCCUCCGGCUGGGCCAAGGACUACCUUAAGGAGAACCUCUCCGUCCUCUCCGUGGAGGAGAACGGAGUCUCUGCCAAGAUCUCCAACCUGCUGAGCAUGGAUGGCGAUGUAGACGUCAGUCAGAGAAAGGGCAAGGUCAUCACCUUGUUCGAUGUCAAAGUACAACUCGAGUAUGAAGGUAAGACUACGGACGACGAGUCCGUUAGUGGAAAGAUUUCCAUCCCCGAGGUUGCCCAUGACACCGAGGAAGAUGAGUACGUCUUCGAGAUUGAGAACUACUCGGAUUCUCCUUCCAAGCAGGCCGUGAAGGAUCUGGUUCGCUCCAAGCUCGUUCCUCAGCUCAGACAGGCUUUGGCCAAGCUUGGUCCCGCCCUCAUUGCUGAACACGGCAAGGACCUUCAACACGCUCCUGGUGUCAACCCUUCCAGCGGGUUCGCUGCUCCCAAGUACCACCCUCAGACUUCCAAGAAGGAAUCCUCUGCUCCUACGACCACCACCACUACUACCGCGGAGAAGGUUUCGGUCAACACUACCACCGUGACCGCCUCGGACGAGUUCCGCACCACGGCUGAGGAGCUGUACAACACAUUCACCGACCCCCAGCGCAUUGCUGCUUUCACUCGCGGCCCCCCUCGCCAGUUUGAGGGCGCUCAGGUGGGCGGAAAGUUCGCCAUCUUCGACGGCAACGUCACCGGCGAGUACAUCAAGCUCGAGGCCCCUACCUUGAUCCAGCAGAAGUGGCGUCUGGCCCAGUGGCCCGCCGGUCACUUCAGCACGCUGGAGAUCAAGUUCGACCAGAACGAUGUCGACGGCGUCACUCAGAUGCGCGUGACCUGGACCGGCGUUCCUGUCGGCCAGGAGGAUGUCACCAAGCAGAACUGGGAUGUGUACUACGUCCGCAGCAUCAAGCAGACUUUCGGAUCUUCUUAUUCUUGGAGACAGUUGCUGAUGGUUGUUUUUCUUCUUCUUGGUAUAGGUUUGGCACUAUUCUCUGAGCGCAUCCGCGAAACCAUGACCAUAUCAUGAUCUAAAUUCAGCACUUGGGGGGUAUGAGGGCGACAAAGGAUCCUGUUUGCAUCCACGCGUCCUGUAGAAGACGGGGGUAGCGAACUGCUUUUUGGAUUCGUACAAA